AUGAAGAGCAUAAACGACGACGCUUCGACGCAAGAUCUCGACCCUCAGAGCGACCACAGCUCCGAUUACUUAGCUCACCCAAACUCUCACCCCCAACCCCACCCUCACCCUCGCCGUCCCCGGGGUUUCGCGGCGGCGGCGGCGGCGGCGGCCACCACCAAUUCCCCCGCCAAGGGAAAGAAGGAGAGAGAGAAGGAGAAGGAGCGCACCAAGCUCCGCGAGCGACACCGCCGAGCCAUCACCAGCCGCAUGCUCGCCGGCCUCCGCCAGUACGGCAAUUUUCCUCUGCCUGCACGUGCCGACAUGAACGACGUACUCGCCGCGCUGGCACGUGAGGCUGGUUGGGUUGUCGACGCCGACGGCACCACCUACCGCCAGUGCCCCCCUCCCUCUCACAUGGGGUCAUUUGCGGCUAGGUCAGUUGAAAGUCAACUCUCUGGUGGUUCUUUGAGGAAUUGUUCUGUUAAGGAAACUAUUGAGAAUCAGACAUCUGUGCUUAGAAUUGAUGAAUGCUUGUCGCCUGCGUCCAUUGAUUCUGUUGUAAUUGCAGAAAGGGACUCAAAGAGUGAGAAGUAUACAAAUGCGAGCCCCAUCAAUACUGUUGACUGCUUGGAGGCUGAUCAGCUUAUGCAAGAUAUUCAUUCUGGGGUGCAUGAAAAUGAUUUUACUGGCACACCAUAUGUUCCUGUUUAUGUAAAGCUUCCAGCUGGUAUUAUUAACAAAUUUUGCCAAUUGAUUGAUCCUGACGGCAUUAGGCAGGAGCUAAUCCAUAUCAAGUCUUUAAAUGUAGAUGGUGUUGUUGUGGAUUGUUGGUGGGGCAUUGUUGAAGGCUGGAGCUCACAGAAAUAUGUGUGGUCUGGUUAUAGGGAGCUUUUUAACUUUGUUAGAAAAUUCAAACUUAAGUUACAGGUUGUUAUGGCAUUUCAUGAAUGUGGAGGGAAUGAUUCUAGUGAUGCAUUGAUUUCCCUCCCACAAUGGGUUUUGGAUAUUGGAAAAGACAACCAGGAUAUAUUCUUCACAGAUCGUGAAGGACGGAGGAAUACUGAAUGCCUUUCUUGGGGGAUUGACAAAGAACGAGUUCUUAAAGGCAGAACUGGAAUUGAGGUCUAUUUUGAUAUGAUGAGAAGCUUUCGGACAGAGUUUGAUGACCUGUUUGCAGAAGGUCUGAUUUCUGCCGUUGAAGUUGGACUUGGAGCAUCUGGAGAGCUGAAAUAUCCUUCUUUCUCAGAAAGAAUGGGAUGGCGGUAUCCUGGUAUCGGUGAGUUUCAGUGCUAUGAUAAAUACCUGCAACAUAGUCUCCGGAGGGCAGCCAAAUUACGUGGACAUUCUUUCUGGGCUAGAGGACCUGAUAAUGCUGGACAUUACAAUUCUUUGCCGCAUGAAACUGGAUUCUUUAGUGAGCGAGGUGAUUAUGACAACUACUAUGGACGAUUCUUCUUACAUUGGUACUCCCAGACAUUAAUAGACCAUGCAGAUAAUGUUUUGUCUCUUGCAACCCUUGCUUUCGAGGAGACAAAAAUAAUUGUCAAGGUUCCUGCUGUAUACUGGUGGUACAAGACUCCUAGUCAUGCAGCAGAGUUGACAGCAGGAUAUCACAACCCUACAAAUCAAGAUGGGUACUCUCCUGUGUUUGAGGUUCUAAGAAAACAUGCCGUCACCAUGAAAUUUGUCUGCUUAGGGUUUCAUCUUUCCAGCCAGGAACCUAAUGAAUCAUUGAUUGAUCCAGAGGGUCUGAGUUGGCAGGUGUUAAACUCAGCUUGGGAUCGGGGGUUGAUGGCUGGUGGCGAGAAUGCACUCCUUUGCUAUGAUAGAGAAGGGUACAAGAGAUUAGUUGACAUGGCAAAGCCGAGACAUGAUCCUGAUCAUCGACACUUUUCAUUCUUUGUUUAUCAGCAACCAUCUUUGCUGCAGGCAAAUGUUUGCUUGUCUGAAUUGGAUUUCUUCGUCAAAUGCAUGCAUGGUGAGAUGACAGAACUGUAA